AAGAGGUGAAGUACAGCGGUUCGACUCUGCUGUUGGCCUCGUCGACCGAUAUGAGCAUAUACCUGCCGCUGGCCAUGCAGAUUUGGAAGCUUUAUGGAAGGCAUCAAUUGAGAGCUUCCCCUGUGAUGGCCGGAAAGUGCAAUUCUCUCUACUUCAACCAUCCACUGGCACAUCGCUAGCCAUUGGCACGUCCUGGGAAGACGUUAUCUAUAACAUGGACAGGGUCGAGGGCACUACGCGAGAGUCCGCGAAAGAAUAUGACGUGAAUAAGCUCUGCCCAACAGCACCCUGCUCGACGCCAGUAUCCCACCUUGUGCUGCCCGAACCUGCUGGUUCCAGUAACAAGAAGCUCUCGGCAACGACCAUCUUCCCACGAAUGGCUGCGAUUUCCGCGGUGGAAGCAAUAUCCAACUCUCCCCAAGCCGCCGAAAUCGCUGUCUUCGACCCUUUUGCAACCUCAAAGGAAGCAGAAAGUCUCGCUCAAGAUGCUGUGGCUGAUGCACAUGCAGACUACAGUUGCGAUCUGAUCAAACGUACUCGGAAACGCGACAGCUUGGGCACAGUCACAGCAGCUUACGAUCUCAAGCACCCUUCGCUGGGUACUAUAGCCAUAACGGUCACGAAAUCUACCUCUAACCCAUCAAACCCGGGUCCCCGAGCCAAGAUCUCCCUCCAUCAUCCUUCUGCUACGCCUGCGGCCAUCGCAGCUGGUACUUUGAACUUGGCCUUCCUGGAUUUUGCGCAUGAUGCUUGUGUCUUGGACAUUCCUGGACUUCUGGCAUUGGACAGUCAUUACGUUAUUGAUACAGUGAUCUCUGCACUUUUCGCCGUGGCAGUGAUUGAGAAUGACAUUUUAGUUAGGGAGCAGGUGACCUUUGAGCCGCCUCCCAAGACUCCGGUGCAGAACAACAAGAAGGUCGAGAGAAGAACAUCGAUCAGUUCUGUGACUAGCAAGAAGUGGCAGAGGAAGAAGAAGAAUAAGAAAGCUGCUGAGCCAGAGCAGGUCGAAUUACCUGGAUUCGGGAGGGCGGUGGUAGGACUGAGCUGGAUGGCGGUGAAGGGGGCUUUCUGGGUUGUUGGCUCUGGUGUAAAGCUUGGCGUGAAUAUUGUGAAGGAGGUGAGGAAUGCUUGAGAGGAAGCUUGUGUAUAUCGAAAAUACUAAAUGAUUUCAUUGUGUCAAAUGUAUUGCUUGCCAUCUCUG